AACAAAUGGAUUGUAAUCUUAUUAAGCUAUCAUACACAUGGUUGCUUGUGUUGAUCUCCACUAUAGCUAUCUCUACAUCUAUAAAAUCCCAGUUGGUGCUAACCAUUUGAAAUAUAUUCAAGCCAUAUAAAAAUAUAUACAUAUAUUUCAUCUAAGAAAAUGACCAAACUGUCCCUGUCUCUGUUAUUCCUCUGUUUCAUCAUCUUAGCUUCUUCUUCCUUAGGGCUCUCCAAAAGUUAUGAAACAAAGCCAACAAAAGUUAGUACCUAUGAACUUAAAAAGGGUGAUAUUUCUAUUAAGCUCACCAAUUGGGGUGCCACAAUUGUUUCCCUUUUUGUCCCUGACAGAUAUGGGAAACUAGCUGAUGUAGUUCUUGGGUAUGAUACUAUCAAUGAGUACAAGAAUGAUACAAGUUACAUUGGAGCUGUUGUUGGGCGUGUUGCAAAUCGAAUUGGAGGGGCUAAAUUUACAUUGAAUGGGAAGACAUACAAGAUAGUUGCUAAUGAAGGGAAAAAUGUACUUCAUGGUGGCAAAAUUGGCUUUAGUGAUGUUGUUUGGAAUGUGAAGAAGUACCACAAUGAAGGUCCUACUCCUUAUAUUGUCUUCACCUAUCACAGCUAUGAUGGUGAACAAGGUUUUCCUGGUGACCUAUUGGUGAGUGUAACCUACACUCUCUCAGGACAUAACAAACUGAGUGUAAAAAUGGAAGCCAAAGCUCUAAACAAGCCAACACCAGUCAACCUUGCUCAACAUGCAUAUUGGAACCUUGGUGGCCACAACAGUGGCAACAUUCUUUCCAAUUACAUCAAAAUCUUCGGUUCAAAAAUCACUCUUGUGGACAGCCAACUUAUUCCAACUGGCAAAUUCGCCGAGGUAAAAGGAACCCCAUACGAUUUCCUAAAGCCGCGCCAAGUUGGAAGCCGAAUCAAGAAGCUAGCAAAGGAAAAUGGCUAUGACAUCAACUAUGUUCUUGAUGGAACUCCUUAUGGGGCAUUGAAAAGAGUGGCUGUAGUUUAUGAUAAGAAAUCUGGAAGGUCUAUGAAGUUGUCAACAAAUGCCCCUGGUGUUCAAUUUUAUACAAGUAAUUUUUUGAAAGAUGUGAAGGGUAAAGGUGGAUUUGUGUACCAACCUCGUGCUGCUCUUUGUUUGGAGACUCAAGGAUUCCCUGAUGCUGUGAAUCACCCCAAUUUCCCAUCUACUAUUGUUACUCCUGAAAAGCCUUAUAAUCAUAUUAUGUUGUUUGAGUUUUCAACUAGACCUAUGUAUAAUGUUUGACUUUAAUUAUUAAUUUGUUGCUACUCUAGAAUUAAGUAAUGUAAGUGAAAUGUUAAUAAAGAGCAACUAAGUGUAGUGCUGUGUUGUAGCCUUGAAAUAAUAUGUAAAUCUGCAAAAUUAAUUAAUGAUAACUUUCCAUUGCCUUGGUGUACUAA